AUGGAAAACCGGCAAUAUCUUUAUCAACUCUUCACAGAGCGCGGGUUUUUAUCUGUAAGCGGAGCAGCCAAGGCACUCAAUAUAAGUAUUGAUAUUGCAUCAAACUUAUUAUUAGAAAUGCUUCAAUUCCCUGAAAUAUCUGCAAUUUACUCUAUUUACGACCCAUCAGGAAUAAAAUUAGUAAAAAAUCCUUCCGUAAUCGAAGGUGCCACAUUAUUUGCUAUUUCUCAGCUAAAUCCUCAUCAAAGCUCCUUUAAUAUAGAAUAUUCUCAGCAAAGACCCUCAAUGAGGUCUCCAAAUCUUGUUUAUCCGCCCUGCAAAAUUGGUCCUUAUCUGCAAACUAGGAGAGAGUUUGAAAAACCAAGCAUAAAUAUAGAGGUUCAAUCAUCUCCAGCAGUCUUAGCAAAACCUGUAGAAAAAGCAUCAGCAGCGGUAAUUCUGAAUUCUGAAAGAAAUAAGCCAAGUGAUCCAAUUAAGCCAAGCAUCUUUAAGGGUCCAUCUCAAAGCCAAAUUUCAUUUGCAAAGGCCAGUCAAUCUUUUGAAACCCCAGAAAAAAUAGCCAAGCCUCCUCAGCCAGUCCAGAAUAAAAUUGAUUUCCCCAAAGCCCAAGAGAACCAAGAAGUUAUUGAGCAAAUCCCUAUGAAUGUAGAGCCCAAGCCAAAGCCAAAAAAGAAAAGUGGAAUUAAUGAGAUUUUAUCAAGCAGUAUUUAUACAGCUGAAGAAGAAGACCGAAUGGAUAUUGUCGAAGAGCCAAAGCUUGAAACAACGCUAAAGAGGAAGCUAAAAAUCGAAGAAAAAGACAAUAAAAAAGUAAAAAUGGAGCUGCAGCAGCCAACGCCUCCAAUCCCAAUGCCAGAAGGUCCAAGAGUAAAGCACGUAAAAACAGUGGUUUCAAAGACUUACAUAAAUGAAAAAGGAUACCUCGUCACCGAAGAUGUCGUAGAAGAUCAAAUAGUCACUAUAACUGACCCAGAGCCAAGAAUAAAGCCAACACAAAUACUUGGGUGCAAAAAAGGGACCCAGUCAUGUAUGCAAGCCUUUUUGGUGAAAUCAUAA